AUGUAUGAAGCACGUAAACAUUAUUUACAGGAAACGGACAUUUAUGACAUUUUAAGCAAUUUGUUGGAGUGGUAUUGUAUGGAACUAAGACGUUUAAACUUGGCUGACAACUCUAUUGGAGAGUUAGUGCAGCGUAUAUUCUUUAUGAUGAGUAAAUUAAAAUAUUUGGAUUUAAGUGGAAAUCCUCUGCAGGAAUUACCACCAGAUGUGUUUCGUGAUGUACCGCAACUGAAAGUAUUCAAAUGUCGUAACUGUCAGUUAAAGAAAAUCAAUCCACAAUUGUACAAUUUAUUACCCUCGCUAAGUGAACUCGAUUUGGGAAGAAAUGAGUUUAAAUUUCUUGACAAGGAUGAAUUUCGUGAUGUCAAGCAUUUAACCAAAGUUCUAUUAGAUGGCAAUCAAUUAUCUGUUGUUGUCGAUGAACUAUUUCGCAUGCAAAAAAGUCUUAAACAUUUAGAUUUGUCCUACAAUCGUUUGGCGAAAGUUCCAAACGAUUCAUUUUUACAUUUGACUAAUUUGACUUUUCUGGAUUUGUCAUAUAACAAAUUGGUGCGUUUAGAACCGCAGUCUGUAAGGCGUCUUAGCAAUUUGCGAACUUUAAAUAUAAGUGGUAACAUACAUAUGGAUCUUCAUGAAAUACGAGACACAUUUGAACUUUUGCCACACCUGACACAUCUUUCUAUUGCUGAUAUGGGAAUAUUGCCUGUCGGUUUGUUAGUGCCAUUCAAACAUUUGCGUUAUUUGAAUAUUUCCGGUAAUCACUUGGAUAUCAUGUCCUUACAAGUCAUUGAGCCCUGCCAGGAGCUAGAGUUUCUCGAUCUCUCAAGAAAUCAAUUGCAUGGCAUUAAUGCUGAUAUUGUUUUACGCAUACAGGCGAUACGAAAUGUACGUUUGGAUAAUAAUCCGCUUAUAUGUGAUGAGUGUCACAUGGGAAAAUUAAUAGAUGUUGUACGUCAGCUGCAAUGGAAAUGGGAAACAUAUCCAAUUUGUUUCUUACCCAAAACUCUCAGGGGUGCUGAAAUAACAGAUUUGGAUGCAAAUGGCUUAGAUCGUUGUUUGGAUUAUAUAACUGAUGAGGAACAGAAUGCAGCGAGCACAUCACAUGCAAAUUUUCUUGAGAGAGGUGGCCUUAAUACACUUGCAAUAUUGGGUGGCAUUAUUUUCGUUUUAAUUGCCAUUAUAAUCAUUUCCGUUGCCAUUUGCUAUUCGAAACAUCGGGCACGUUAUUAUACGCGAGAGGAUCAUCUUAAUGGCAGUGAGGACAAAUGUUUGGAAAAGAAUUUAGAAACGACCACAAUUACAGCCCAAGGAAAUGGUAAAACAAAUGCUAAGUUAGCAUCGCCCACAAAUGGCAGCAGUAACAAUAUAAAAACACCCUAUUCAAGUGGCAAUGGACUGGAGUCUCUAGCUGCAGAACCUUUAAAUCCCAGCAAUGGUCACAGUACCAAUGAAAUUAAUUUUAAAUUUCCCAUAGAUGAUCGUGUGUGUACCAUUGAUGAGCUGGUAGUGGUACCGCCAGCACCACCGCCUCCCACAAAACAACCACCGGCAGCAACUGUUCAAGAAAUGAAUACUGGCAAUCUGCGUUAUACACAAUCACCGCUGAAUUGUGGUAGUACAACGGCCAGAGCGGCGGUGGCCGCUGCAGCUACAGUCAUACCACCAGGGGCACCAUCGGCAGGAGCACCCACAAUGAUAACAACAUCAAUGACACCAACACAUGCAACAACGUCACUGCCACCAGAGGCUAUAGUGGUAGUACUGCCACCACCGCCUUCAAACGAACAACUUUAUUCCCAGCAACAACAUCAACAACAACAGCAGCAGUUAUUGCACUUAAACACACUUGAACCAUUGGUAAGUGUUAACUGACCUCAGGGUGUAAUGGGUCACACGAUAAGAAUGUCACAUUUGGGUGAAUAUCAGCAACAACAGCAAAACAUCACAAAUACAUAGAUAAUAAUAACAACAACAACACUAUAAUCACAACAAUUAUACUUAGUCUGUAACGGUAUAUACGUUAACGAUAUAUACCCCUAUAUGUAAAUAUAUUAUUUAUAUAUUAAUUUAUGUAUAAACAAACUAAAGACUCUCAUAUAUGUGGUUUAAAAUUGUACAUAGAAAAUCACUUUGUAAAUUUGUAUGUAUAAUUUUUGAGAAAAAGGAACAAAAAAAAUAUCUUUGUAUAACUUCUCUACUUGAAGUAAUAUUAAGAUUCUUUAUAUAAAAGAUGUUGAAGAAAUAUAAUUGCAAUGCAACUUUCUACAGUUAAAAGAUAUACUAAUUAUUUAAGUAUGAUAUUAAAAAUAUUUUUUUUAUAUAUUUUUAAAUUUCUCCAUUAACUACUAUUCUCAAAUAAAAGCCCUAAAGUAGUUAUUGUUAUAAGCAAGGAUUGCAAAAAAAAAAAAAAUAUAACAAACAAUAGGCGUAAAUAAUUAUUUUUAGUUUUUUUUUUUAAUAAAAAUUAUUUUUUCUUACGAAAACAAAUUCAUCAGAAGGCGAAACUUUGCUACAAUCGGUCCUAUUUCUAAAACGAGUAAGACAAAAUCAUAUAUUCAGACAAAAUUACGGACAUCCGGUAUGUAUAACCCUAGAAAGUAUCGCAUUUUACCGUGAUAAUGAAGACAAUUUUCUAUAAAAAAAGAGUCUCCUUGACAAUACAAUUUUCUAAACUAACUCAUUUCUACUUGAGUUUUAUUUCAGUUCUAGUUAGUUCUAUUUUAGUUCUAUUUUAGUUCUAGUUC